UUUUCAAUCAGCUUUAGCAGCAAGUGGAAAUACUAUUUAUUUUACGUGGAUAUUUGUCUGGGAUGGGAAUAUAAUAUUACUCAGCGAUAUUUAAUUACUCUCCUAUAUAUUGGCUUGAAACCUCAAGAAAUUUACCGCACUACUAAACGAAGCAUGAUUGACUAGUACUAGUUUCAAACUCGCUAUUACUACUAGUGUUUAAAGUAAAACAUAAAUUGGGUGUUGAACAAAUACGUCAGAAAAGUGCCAUCAAACAAAAUUGAAAAUCAACAGACAAGACUAGUAUAAAAGUACAAAUCUACUGUGCACUACUGAUAAUUUUACUCACAUUUUAAUUUUAUGUCCAAUCAUUUAUACAUGGUCCUUAAUUCAUGUAGUUGGACUAAGAAUCAUUACGCAAAUUGAUAUUUGGCGUACUAUACAAGAAAGGAAGUAGGAGACCAUUGUUUAAACGGGCAGUUUUUACUAGACGUCUAUCCUCUUAUCAUUGACUUGAGCAAGUAGUUGGUUGGCAGAAUGGCAGACUCUACGGGAGCAGGAUCAUCCGAUGGAAAUGGUAAUAUGAUGAAGAUAACUGUGAAAACGCCAAAGGAGCAGCACACGAUUGAAAUUUCCUCAACUGCUACUGUUCAGGAGUUUCGCGUACGAGUGGCAGAACAAUUUAAUCAGCCACCAGAACUGCUUUGUUUGAUCUUUUCUGGAAAGAUAAUGAAAGAUGAAGAGUCUCUGGUGCAACAUAAAUUGUCGGAUGGAUUUGUUGUCCAUUUGGUUAUCAAGUCGGCAGCUUCUCGAAGCUCUCAACAAGAACCAUCUCAAUCCAAUGUAAGUUCAAGCGGAACAACUUCUUCGUCCGCAACUCAAAAUACUACUCAAAGUGGGGGAGGAUUUGGGUUAGGAGGGAAUGUACCCAAUAACCCAUCCAAUCCAUUUGCGGCGUUUGGUAUUCCGGACCUAUUGGGGGGUGGAGGUGGAGGUGGAGGAGGACUUGGCCAAAUGCAGCAAGAACUAAUGUCGAAUCCCGAAAUGAUGCAACAGUUGAUGGAUAGUCCAUUUGUUCAAGGAAUCAUGAAUAACCCGGAUAUCAUUCGAAGCAUGCUAAACGCAAACCCAUCUAUUCAACAGUUGCUGGAGCGAAACCCUGAGCUCAACCAUGUUCUCAAUAAUCCUGAAGUUCUUCGGCAGAGUAUCAACCUAGCCCGUAAUCCAGCAGCCUUCCAAGAACUAAUGAGAACUCAAGAUCGAGCACUGUCAAAUCUGGAAAGCCUCCCGGGAGGCUAUAAUGCUUUGCAAAGAAUGUAUCGUGAUAUCCAAGAGCCAAUGAUGUCUGCAGUGCAGGAUAGGCUGGUUGGCAAUCCAUUUGCCGCUUUGGUACAAAAUGGCGGUCAGAAUCAAGGGAAUCCACAGCAGGGAGUCGAGAACAGAGAGCCUCUUCCCAACCCAUGGGCACCAGCAUCAGCAAAUAAUAAUGCAUCCGCAGCAAAUAGGCCAACAAGCACGACAUCUCCAGGUCCAAUUAACACAACCGGUCAAAAUGCAAAUGGAUCAGGUGGAGGGCCGGCGCCAACUGGAAUGACUGGUCUAAUGCAGCAGAUGAUGCAAAAUAUGGGUGGUAUGCAGAAUCUUUUGAACACCCCGUACACACAGAAUUUGUUGGAAAGUCUUCUUGGGAAUCCAGAUCUGGCUCAUCAAAUGAUGAGUGCAAACCCAUUGUUCGCUAAUAACCCACAAAUGCAAGAGCAAUUGAGGACAAUGACGCCAACCCUUCUGAGUCAACUUAGAGAUCCUGAAUUCCAACAAGUCUUGUCAAAUCCAGCAGCUUUGCAAGCUAUUAUGCAAAUUCAGCAGGGGAUUGAACAAUUGCGAGCUGCUGCUCCUGGUUUUGCAGACAGACUUGGCUUUGGUGGUAUGAUGGGACCAUUGAUACCGCCUGCUGCUGCUGCCGCCGCCGCCGUCACCACAACAGCGACUCGUCCUCCUCCAGCUCCAACUCCUGGUGAAUCCACGACCGUUUCUUCUACAACGCCAUCCACUCCUGGCCCGGAAACAAAUCCACCUGUCGGAGGCGCACCUAAUCCCUUUACUGGCCUUGCAGGACUCAGCAUAUCGGACCAGCCAAUGUUCAAUAACCUCAAUCGUGACGCACUAAAUGAAUUUAUGGCUACAAUGAUUUCUUCUUUGGCUCAAAACAAUGCCGCGCAAGGGCAAAACCAGCAGCAUCAACAACAGCCCCCUGAAGAAAGGUACCGAGCCCAACUCGAACAAUUAACUGGCAUGGGAUUUGGGAAUCGGGAAGCAAAUCUUCAAGCUCUUAUUGCCACAUUUGGUGAUGUUAAUGCUGCCGUUGAAAGACUAUUAAGUAAUCACAAUUUUCCUCAGUCGUAGGUAGAGAUUUGGCGUCAUUGACAUCAGUCAGUACUGUAACUGUAGCUGAAUCUUAACUAUAUAUAAUCUUAUGCCAUCAUAUAUAUAUAAGUCUAUCUGAUUGUAACAAGUGUAUCAAAAUUAUUUUUCAACGCAAAGUAUGCCUGCUAUAAUAUUUAAAUUGCACUAUAAAUUCUCGGUGACUUGGUCCAAAAUGUCAUUAGAGUAUACACUAUUUACAUAAUUAUGUCACAUUACGUAACAAUGACCUUCUUCUCUUGAUUGAUUCAUCAACUAACUAAUACGGAUAACUUUUGGUCUCUUAAAUGGCUACACGUUGGUUAAUAUAACAUUACUACAGUAUUUCUAAACGGUCAUCAACAACCCCAAUCGAAGUAUGACCUGGGAGGUUGUGCAUUGCAAGUUUUCCCUGUAACAAAGUAAAAUUCCAUUCGAUGACUGAAUGAUCUAGGAGUUAAUUCAGGAUAAUACAUUUUGAGAUGUUUAAAAAUUGGCUGUUAUUUUUCUGUAACAAAAUUAAUUAUGUAUUGGUAGAUUAAGAGUUCACCGUUACUCCAAACUUGUGAUUUGAUUGUUAAUUGCAAAUAAUAUGCUCCCACCCUCUCUCUCUUUUUCUCUCCAUGAAACAAUUACAAUUGAGGACUACAUUCUAAAUUGCUGUGGUUGAAUGUGAACAAGUUACUCAAACAUUAAGUAGGUUUAAGUUGCUAAAACUUAAGUUGUACUAUUUACUAUUGAAUGAAAAUGCGAAGACGAAUGAAUGACAUGAAAACUUGUCCACAGUCUGCUACGUAGUCAUAUUUUUAUUCAAGAUCUGGAUUUAUGGUUAUUCUAUUUAUCGUCGUCAUGCAUGGUGUCAUGUAGUGCUAUUAUAUUUUAAACAGACAUUAUGAACUAUGUUAAACAAAAAAAUGUUUGAGUGGUGUGCGACAGAGACGGUUUGUGUUGAUAUUUAUCAUUUUAUUUUUAAUUGUCGAUAAAUUCUAAGCGUGAAAUGAAUCCAACCUGUUUUUCGUCUGAUUGGAACUGAGCUUACUGUUAUUAAUAAGAGUAUUGUUGUUAUUACAAACUAUGAUUGAUUUGUAUGAUUGGUUUUCCUCUGUUAUGUUACUGUUAUUCACACAAAUUGUUUAGAUAAAUAAGAAACUUCACUAGUAAAAUAGCAAAAAAUAAAAAUUUAUUUAGGUCGAG